AUGUCGAGCGGCGUCUCGACGCCACCGCCCGCGUCGGCCUCGCCGCCGCCGUCCAGGAUCAUGAGCGCCGAUUUGCAGGCGAGGCUGGCGGCGCGCGUUGCGGAGCCGACCGUGCUGCGCGUGCCGAUCGACGACAACAACUCGCGGCACGGAGGCAGCCCGCCGCCGGCGCACUCCCUCUUCUCGUGGCGCCCCUUCCGCUCGCAGCAGGCGUGACUCGCCGCCGCGGCCACCCAGCCGCGGCGGCCAAAGAACGCGCCGUCCUUCGGGCGGCCAUCUUCGCACCUCUCCCGCCGCCCCGCUGUGCGCCCGACCGGCUGCACCGGGGCCAUCCAUCUCGCGCUCCUGUGUCGCGCCUCGCUUGCUGCUCGCCUGCAGCGGCUCGCCGGCCUCGCUGCGACACUAGCAGGAACGCCAUUGUGCCUUAGGACCAUGUCUCAUGUGUGCCACACAGUGAAACCUCGGAUCCGAUCCGAUGUGUGUGUGUGUGCUUAGGGUCGCACAAAUGUGCGUGUACACUUCUCCCGCUUGCCGUGUCCCUGUUGUAGUGUGCGUCUCGCUCUCGCUUCCUUCGGUGUGUCGCGCGCCGGCGUGCGUCCACUGCUAGUACUAUGUCCGCAUGCUCUAUGCGCCCCGGGGGCGCCACCCGGGGAGUCUUGUGCGGGUGUAUGUUUGGCAUGAGUAGUACGAGAGUCUGUCCGC